AUGUUGCCGGGAUUGAGAUCGAUCUUUGCUCAGGUUUGCCGAGAAUCCAAUCAUCGUGUAUUACUAUUCCUCCGCCUCUCCUCCCCACCUUACGACUACUCUCCUUCCUCCUCCUUCUCCACCGAGCCUUCUCCUGAUAUCAGCCCCUUGAAACGCUCCUCCCCUGUUUCAGACGAAUCCGAUCAGCCCAAACGCAGGAGAAUCUCCCUCCAGGACCCAAUCUUUAUCACGUCUCCUCUCAGCUUCAUUUACCCUGAAACUCAACCUUCCUCCAUCGACGACCCGACCCACGCAAGCCCUGUUCCGGAGAAAGAAACGUCACCGUUUGCUUCAAAGAGUCUUGAAACAGAGGAUAGUUUGUUAUAUAAUACAGAAAUGUUUACUCUCUUCUGGACCUGGUACUAUUAA